CAACAACAAUAAUAAUAUGGAGGCGCGCAUACAAUUCAAAACGCUCAAAGGCUUUCCCGCUGCAGCAGAGAAAAUUGAAACGCAGGUAUUUUUGCAUGCAGCGCAAGAAAUUGUAACUGUCAUUGAGAGCUUUGGCAAGCUGUUUGCGCCUGUGAUCAGCGAUAUGAAUGGCAAUAUAAAUAAAUUAAACAAAGUUUAUGGCACCGAUGUGCUAAAAUAUCAAUAUUUGGAGGAUAUGAUAACGCUGAAUGUCAAUGUCGAUGAUUUUGCCGCUAACGCAUUGCUCUGGCUCAAACGUGGCCUCCAGCUGAUCUGCACCUUCUUCGAGAACAUCUACAACGAUGCCAAGAACACAGAAGCGCUCAAGCAGCAUCUCCAAGAUGCCUACGAGCGCACUCUCAAGCCCUAUCAUGGAUUCAUUGUGCAAAGCACUAUUAAGAUCAUUUACAGCUGGGUGCCAACACGCAGCCAACUGCUCGGCCAGGGCGACUCGCAUGAUGAGAACAUUGCCGUGCUAACCAAAUACUUGCCAACGAUGCGCGCACAGCUGGACAGGAUCGAUGCGUUGCUGAAGACGCACAGCCUGGACGAUGCGCGCAAAGUGUGAUUUUAAACAAUUGGAGAUUCUAAUUCUUUAGCCUAUUAGCAUAUAAGUAAAUGUCUGUCGUAUGUUUUUAUUUUUUAUGUAACGUAUGCAAUAUUGUAUACAAAGUAAGCAUUUAGCACAUAAAACUUUAAAUUGUCAAACGUAAUGCCGCCUUAAAUUUGUGGCAAGCCAGCGAGACGGCAACGCAGCUGCAAGCCUGCCAACAGCAAGGAUUUGGUCUUGGCAGAGUCCAGCUGCUGCUGCUGCUGUUGGCUUGAGUUGCAGCAAAGAUAUUGCACAAGCGCCAGCAGCACCUCGAGCGCCAGCAGCAGCAGCCACAGGUCAUUGCAGCGUGCCAAGAGCAUGGGAUUCGCAUAGCCCAGACGCAAAUAGACCAAACUGGGCAGCAGCACACAGGGCGUAAGCGUCAACAGCAGCCACAUGGUCGAUGCGCCAGUUGUGCUCAGAUUGAUGGCAAAGCAAGCGUAAAGACGCACUGACUCCGCAGCCACAGCCAGCACAUAGCAGAGCAGCAGCGCCAGUCCCUGAUAGUUCCACAAGCUGUGCGACUAAAAUGGAAAUGGCAUGGAAUUGACUAAAGCUGUUGUCCUACCAACAGGUUCAACUUACCGCAUGGAGCAGCUGCAGCAAAUAGCCAAAGCACCAGAUCAGAAACACAACAAGAUUUGCCUGCAGCAGCAUUUGCAACAGCAAGCUGCCACGCUGUGUUGCCACUAGAAUUAGUUAGUGCUUUUAAUAAUAAUAAUAAUCAAAUGUGUUAUUUACUUGGUGUCUAUUUACU